CCGGCGCGCCCCGUCCGGGAUGGGGUGCCUGGACGCCUGAGUCGCCGCUCGGCGCGACCUCCGCGCGGGGGAAGGAGCCGGUGCCGCGCGGCCGCGCUAGGAUGGAGGUGCCCGGCGGCAGCGAUCCCAGCGGCGACGGGGCUGGGGACGGUGCCCACCUGGACCCCCGGGCACCCGGCGCCGCUGCGCCCAUCUCCGGCCAGUGCGCGGCCGCCCGGGAGUCGGAGCGCCAGCUGCGCCUCCGCCUUUGCGUCCUCAACGAGAUCUUGGGCACCGAGAGGGACUACGUGGGCACCUUGCGCUUCUUGCAGUCGGCAUUCCUGCAUCGCAUCCGGCAGAACACGGCGGACUCGGUGGAGAAGGGCCUGACGGAGGAGAACGUCAAGAUCCUGUUCUCAAACAUUGAAGACAUCCUGGAAGUUCAUAAGGAUUUCUUGGCUGCCUUGGAGUUUUGUUUACAUCCGGAGCCUCAGUCUCAGCAUGAACUUGGGAAUGUUUUCUUAAAAUUCAAGGACAAGUUCUGCGUUUAUGAAGAAUAUUGCAGCAACCACGAGAAGGCCCUGCGUCUGCUUGUGGAGCUGAACAAGAUCCCCACCGUGCGGGCCUUCCUUUUGAGCUGCAUGCUCCUGGGAGGCCGGAAGACCACGGACAUCCCUCUGGAGGGCUACCUGUUAUCUCCUAUUCAGAGGAUCUGCAAGUACCCCCUCCUCCUCAAGGAACUCGCCAAGAGGACCCCCGGCAAGCACCCCGACCACCCCGCGGUCCAGAGCGCCCUGCAGGCCAUGAAGACCGUCUGUUCCAACAUCAAUGAGACUAAGAGGCAGAUGGAGAAGCUGGAGGCCCUGGAGCAGCUGCAGUCGCACAUCGAAGGCUGGGAGGGCUCCAACCUCACGGACAUCUGCACCCAGCUCCUCCUGCAAGGGACUUUGUUAAAAAUCUCCGCGGGCAAUAUCCAGGAGAGAGCCUUCUUCCUCUUUGACAACCUCCUUGUCUAUUGCAAGCGGAAAUCCAGGGUCACUGGGAGCAAGAAAUCCACCAAGAGGACCAAAUCCAUCAACGGCUCCCUGUAUAUCUUCCGGGGUCGAAUCAACACUGAAGUCAUGGAGGUGGAGAACGUGGAGGAUGGGACAGCGGAUUAUCACAGCAACGGCUACACCGUCACCAACGGCUGGAAGAUCCACAACACGGCCAAGAACAAGUGGUUUGUCUGCAUGGCCAAGACAGCGGAGGAGAAGCAGAAGUGGCUGGAUGCCAUUAUCCGUGAGCGGGAGCAGCGCGAGAGCCUGAAGCUGGGCAUGGAAAGGGAUGCCUACGUCAUGAUCGCGGAGAAGGGGGAGAAGCUUUACCACAUGAUGAUGAACAAGAAGGUGAACCUGAUCAAGGACCGUCGAAGAAAGCUGAGCACCGUCCCCAAGUGCUUCCUUGGCAAUGAGUUUGUUGCCUGGCUCCUGGAAAUUGGCGAAAUCAGCAAGACGGAAGAAGGCGUGAACCUGGGCCAAGCCUUGUUGGAGAAUGGUAUUAUCCACCAUGUCUCUGACAAGCACCAGUUCAAGAACGAGCAGGUGAUGUACCGCUUCCGCUACGACGACGGCACCUACAAGGCCCGGAGUGAACUGGAGGACAUCAUGUCCAAGGGUGUGAGGCUUUACUGCCGUCUUCACAGCCUCUACACUCCUGUGAUCAAGGACCGCGAUUACCACCUGAAGACGUACAAGUCAGUGCUGCCCGGGAGCAAGCUGGUGGACUGGCUGCUGGCCCAGGGCGAUUGCCAGACACGCGAGGAGGCGGUGGCGCUUGGUGUGGGCCUGUGUAACAAUGGCUUCAUGCACCACGUGCUGGAGAAGAGCGAGUUCAAGGAUGAGUCCCAGUACUUCCGUUUCCACGCAGACGAGGAGAUGGAGGGAACCAUCAGCAAGAACAAACAGCUUCGCAGCGACUUCAAGCUGGUGGAGAACAUUCUGGCCAAGCGCCUGCUGAUCCUGCCCCAGGAGGACGACUAUGGCUUCGACAUCGAGGAGAAGAACAAGGCCGUGGUGGUGAAGUCGGUCCAGAGCGGCUCGCUGGCGGAGAUGGCCGGCCUGCAGGUGGGGAGGAAGAUCUACUCGGUCAACGAGGACCUGGUGCUCCUGCGGCCGUUCGCAGAGGUGGAGUCCAGCCUCAGCCAGGCCUUCUGCUCCCGCCGCCCGCUGCGCCUCCUGGUAGCCACCAAGGCCAAAGAGAUCAUCAAAGUCCCCGAUCGUCCAGAGGCUCUGUGCUUCCAGGUCCGUGGAGCUGCCCCGCCGUACGUCUAUGCUGUGGGGAGAGGCUCUGAGGCUGCGGCCGCAGGCCUCUGUGCUGGCCAGUGCAUCCUGAAGGUCAACGGCAACAACGUGAUGAACGAUGGAGCCCCAGAGGUCCUGGAGCACUUCCAGGCUUUCCGGAGCCGCCGAGAAGAGGCCCUGGGCCUGUACCAGUGGGUCUACCACACCCACGAGGAUGCCCAGGAGGCCCGGGAGGCCCCCAGCGAGGACCCUAGUGGCGAGGGGGCCCGAGAGGAAGACCAGUCCAACUCAGCCUUCCCCCUGCUGUCCCUGGGUCCCCAGCUGAGCCUGCACGAGGAUAGCGCUGUGGUCAGCCUGACGGUGGACAACGUGCACCUGGAGCAUGGCGUGGUGUACGAGUACGUGAGCACAGCAGGCAUCAAGUGCCACGUGCUGGAGAAGAUCGUGGAGCCCCGUGGCUGCUUCGGCCUCACUGCCAAGAUCCUUGAGGCCUUUGCCACCGAUGACAGUGUCUUUGUGCAGAACUGUGGGCGGCUUAUGGCCCUGAGCAACAACAUAAGGACCAUGUCCCACUAUGAGUUCCGCAACAUCUGUGACACCAAGCUGGAGAGCAUCAGCCAGAGGAUCGCCUUAUACCAGGAGUUUGCAGCUCAGCUAAAGAGCAGGGUCAGCCCGCCCUUCAAACAAGCACCCCUGGAACCCCAUCCGCUGUGUGGCCUGGACUUUUGCCCCACCAAUUGCCACGUCAACCUCAUGGAAGUGUCCUACCCCAAGACUACUCCCUCGGUUGGCAGGUCCUUCAGCAUCCGCUUUGGUCGCAAACCCUCCCUCAUCGGCCUUGACCCAGAGCAAGGUCACCUGAACCCCAUGUCCUACACCCAACACUGCAUCACCACCAUGGCUGCCCCAUCCUGGAAGUGCCUACCUGCUGUGGAUGGGGACCCCCAAAGCCAGGGUCCCAACGACAGCAGCUUUGGGUCAGCCAAUGGAACCCUUGGCCAGGAGGACCGGGGUUUGAGCUUCCUACUCAAGCAGGAAGACCGUGAGAUCCAGGAUGCCUACCUGCAGCUCUUUACCAGACUGGAUGUGGCCCUGAAGGAGAUGAAGCAAUAUGUUACCCAGAUCAACAGGCUGCUGUCCACCAUCACGGAGCCCACCUCGGGUGGGUCCUGCGAUCCGCCCUUGGCCGAGGAGGCCUCAUCCCCCCAACUGGUCAGCGAAGAGAGCGAGAUGGACAGGACCGACCACGGGGGCAGCAAGAAAGUGUGCUUCAAGGUGUCUGAGGAGGAUCAGGAGGACUCGGGUCAUGACACCAUGAGCUACCGGGACUCCUACAGUGAGUGUAACAGCAAUCGCGACUCCGUCCUGUCCUCCACCAGCGUGAGAAGUAACAGCUCCUACCUGGGCAGCGACGAGAUGGGGUCUGGGGACGAGCUGCCCUGUGACAUGAGGAUCCCGUCAGACAAGCAGGACAAGCUUCAUGGCUGCCUGGAGCACCUCUUUAACCAGGUGGACUCCAUCCAUGCACUCCUCAAGGGGCCAGUCAUGAGCAGAGCUUUUGAAGAGACCAGGCAUUUCCCCAUGGACCACAGCUUACAAGAGUUCAAACAGAAAGAGGAGUGUACAAUUCGUGGCCGGAGCUUGAUCCAGAUCAGCAUCCAGGAGGACCCCUGGAACCUCCCCAAUUCCAUCAAGACCCUGGUGGACAACAUUCAGAGAUACGUGGAAGAUGGAAAGAACCAGCUGCUCCUGGCCUUGCUGAAAUGCACAGACACGGAGCUGCAGCUGCGGAGGGACAGCAUCUUCUGCCAGGCGCUGGUGGCCGCCGUGUGCACCUUCUCCGAGCAGCUGCUGGCGGCCCUGAGCUACCGCUACAACAACAACGGCGAGUACGAGGAGAGCAGCCGGGACGCCAGCCGCAAGUGGCUGGAGCAGGUGGCGGCCACUGGCGUCCUCCUGCACUGCCAGUCUCUGCUGUCGCCGGCCGCGAAGGAGGAACGGACCAUGUUGGAGGACAUCUGGGUGACCCUGUCAGAGCUGGACAACGUCACCUUCUCCUUCAAGCAGCUGGACGAGGACUACGUGGCCAACACCAACGUCUUCUACCACAUCGAGGGCAGCCGGCAGGCACUGAAGGUCAUCUUCUACCUGGAUAGCUGUCACUUCUCCAAGCUGCCCUCCCGCCUGGAGAGCGGGGCCAGCCUAAGGCUGCACACCGUGCUCUUCACGAAAGCUCUGGAGAACAUGGAGGCGCCGCCUCCUCCAGGCAGCCAGACGGUGGAAGAUUUGCAGCAGGAGAUCAAUGCCCAGUCCCUGGAGAAGGUUCAGCAGUAUUACCGCAAACUCAGGGCAUUUUACCUGGAACGGUCUAACCUGCCCACGGACGCCAGCACCACAGCGGUGAAGAUAGACCAGCUGAUCCGCCCCAUCAACGCCCUGGACGAGCUCUGCCGCCUCAUGAAGUCCUUCGUCUACCCCAAGCCUGGUGCCGCUGGGAGCUUGGGCGCCGGCCUCAUCCCCAUCUCCUCCGAGCUCUGCUACCGCCUGGGGGCCUGCCAGAUCACCAUGUGCGGCACGGGCAUGCAGAGGAGCACCCUGAGCCUCUCCCUGGAGCAGGCGGCCAUCCUGGCGCGGAGCCACGGGCUGCUGCCCAAGUGCAUCAUGCAGGCCACGGACAUCAUGCGGAAGCAGGGCCCCAGGGUGGAGAUUCUGGCCAAAAACCUCCGAGUCAAGGACCAGAUGCCCCUGGGUGCACCGCGGCUCUACCGCCUCUGCCAGCCGCCGGUGGAUGGAGACCUCUAGACACUGAGGUGCCUCGUGCUUGGCUGCGUCCUCUGGAGCUGGGAUUUGGGAGGACACAGGGGGCCGUGUGGCCUUCUCCAGAGUUGGCCCGAGACCUCCUCUCCCGCCUGCUUCAAGAUCUGUCCGGCCUCCUCCAUCACCUUCUGGGAGGAUAAGCAGUGCCCCCACUCUUGGAUGAGCUGGUGGAUCGGCCCUGGGCUGGCAUGUUCUUCACACUUCUGCCAGAAGCCUGAGGGGUGCUGGGGACCCACAGAACUGAUGGGUGCAGCCAGGGCCUGGGCUCCGGCCUGCAAGUCCGCAGAACACAGGGGAGAAGUCACGGGCACUGCAGCUGGAGGCCCGCGGCCCCAGCUCCCUCGGGAUGGCUCAACCUGCACUUUGGAAACUUCUGGUUUCCUUCUAUGUCCACAUUCCAGGCGACCACAUGUGUCUGCUCCUCUUCCUCACCUUAGCUUCCAGAUUCCCCCCUAACCCUGCACUAAUCUGCCCAAUGGACUCGGAAAAGCCGGGCCUCUGCCGGUAAAGACAGAGGGACAGGGCACAACGCCUGUUACCAAGAGGACGGUCGAAAGCCACACCGGCUUCCGCCAUCAGCGCCAUUGGAACUGGAGCCAUCAGCCCUGGGCACGAGAUUUGCUCUGACUUUAUUUAUAUGGCGUGAACUCUCUAUGGUUUAUUUUGGGGUUUUUAUGUUGUCGGUAUCGUUGAGAUUUUUUUCCCCCCAGGUUGCGUGAUUAUAUAUUUGACAUUUUAAAUGUCAAAGAAAGCUAUAUUGUCUAACAGGGGACCAGCAUAAGGUAGUAUUGACAACUUUUCCCAGUUCUACUAAAAAAAAAAAAAAAAAAAAAAAAAAAAGAAAAACUAAAUUAUUGAAAAUUCAAAAGAUGUCGGUAUUUCAUCUUUUUAAUAUUAGGGUCUUAAGAUAUGGCUUACAGGUAUCGACUAGGGUUCCUUUUCCCACCCACCCUCGGCUCUCCAGCAGUUGGUCUGUAUCAGUGUGAAUUACUUUGUUCUUUGAACGACUGGCUACAAGGGUUUGAGAGGUGGCUGGGCCAGGCCUGGGGGCUGGAGGGGGUUGAACCAUCCAUUGGAGAGGCAGUCCCACACUGGUGUCUGCCCUCUGCAGGUAGAAGGGCCGCCGGGAAACACUGAGUGGUACCUUCUGUAAUUUAUUUUUUGAUGUUAACUCAGAGCAGGGCAUUUGGGACUUCUCAGCCAGCUAGAGAGACAGGAAGCUACCCUUCCCACCUGGGCACAGGGACCCCACACAGGAUCCCCCCUCUGGCCCCCAGCAGUUUGUCCCCUCUAGGUUCUGUUGCCAGCAGGGAAAUGUCACAGCUGGGACAGAAGGGAGGAGUCUUUCCAGCCUUGGCUGAUGGGUGAAAUCAGGUGUGGGUUUCCCACUGCCCUGGAGGCUUGAAGACCCAUCAGCAUCUUGGUCCCCUGCACCCCCAGGGGCCGCCUUCCCUCUCUUGCCACCCUGCACCAGAUUGCAAGAGGUGGGCUUGUGGCAGGACAGAGGUGGCACAGAUACAAACGAGGACCCUGUGGCAGAAGCAGAGAGGGGCCCCCGAGGGCAAGGGCGUCGUGCACUGGUUUACUUUGAAAUGUACAGAUCUUCUCAUUCAAUUCAUGAUAGAUUUUUUAUUAUUAUUAUUAAAAGUCGGUUUAUAAUACAAAGA